CUCUGCCAUUCAUAUCUCUCAGUGAGCUAAAGAGAUAUGAUGAACGGCUGAAGGACCCCGAUUUCAAAAUCAGAGUCGUCAACCAUUUAUGUGCUGUGCACGGUGAUAACAUACAACUCAUCGUCCGGGGUACCAUGGAGCGGCUAAUGACAAGAUCAGUUGCCGCGGAGAUAAAUUACUCCGGCGCUAGAGGUUCCUUUGCAUUCAGGCGAACAAAUAUGAACGGCCUUGUACAAGGCCUCAUUCGGCAACGCAUGGGUGAUGCAGCCUCGGAUGCUGACAUUACACGGCACAUCAAAACGUGGUUGCAUUCUGCACGGCACAAAAGACCGCUGGUUGAGCAAACUAAAGUAUGCAGUGCGAAUGAGG